CUUGAAAUUUCCACUCGCCUGCUCGCCAAUGGUGAGUGGAAAUUAUGGUGGGGACGAGUGUGUUCCCCAGGGCUGUUUUGCGAAGCAGGCUCGGAGCUCAGGCCGGAUCUGUCAGUGGCACUGGGAGCUGUCAGACUGCUCAAUAGCUGAGCGCAGUGAAAGCAAAGGAAGGAGUGUGUGCUGUACUCUCUGCCUCCUUCUAGAGUGCAGUACCCGGCUCUGUAAGUGAACAACAAAGUACUGCAACAUUUUAUAGGGCUGUGUGUGUGUGUGUGCCUAAUUUCAGCUCACUUUGCGUGCGUGCGUGUGUGUGUACAUGUGUGUGUGUUUGUGCGUGUCUGUGUAUGCAUGUACAUGUGUCUGUGUGUAUCUGUACAUGUGUCUGUGUGUGUAUGUACGUGUGUGUAUGUACGUACAUGUGUCUGUGUGUACAUGUGUCUGUGUGUGUGUAUUUCUGUGCAUGUACAUGUAUCUGUGUGUAUGCGUGUCUGUACGUGCCUGUGUGUAUAUACAUGUGUCUGUAUGUGUGUGUGUGUGUACAUGUGUCUCUGUGCGUGUGUGUGUACAUGUUUCUGUGCGUGUAUGUGUAUGUACAUGUCUGUGUGUGUGUGUACAGGUGUCUCUAUUUGUGUGUGUUUGUUAGUG